AUGGCUAGAACUCAAAAAUGGGAUGAGCCAAAAGACCGUUACUUCACACAUAACGGAUUUCCUGACCAGGCACCAAAUCAUGUGAAGAAAGAUGGCUUUGGCAAAGGUAAUUGGGGUAAACCAGGUGAUGAAGUGAAGGAUCUCAUAAAUGAGGGUAAGAUCCCGGAUAAGAUUAUGCAUAAGCAGAGAAGAGGCUCCAAUAUAAGUCAGAAUGAGGAGAAAUUUGCGGUGAUUCAAGCUUUGAGCACUCCUGAAGAGUAA